AUGUCGUACACUUACAGAGAUCGCGAACGAGACUGGGACGAGACUCGUCCCGUGUCAAUCAGGCGCUACGUCAUUCCUCCUGAAGAUGACCGUCGAGACUUCAUGUCAAGACACGAUGAUUCUUUCGGCGGCGAGCGCGAGGUGGUGAUCCGGCGCCAAACAGAGCGCGAAGAGCCUGUGACCGUCUCACGCUACGAGCGAGAGGUGGAGUAUGAGCCACCGCGCUACGAGAGAGAUUACUACGAUCCCCGCACUUCGUAUACCAGCCCCCGUGAAUCCGAGUAUGAUGUCGUGCGCCGCUCUGAGGCCGACGAGGACCCGUAUUACUAUCAUCGUCACCGUCGAGUUCGCGAAUACGACGAACCUCGCCCGCGGCGCGAGCUGAGCCCGGAUGAUUCCGUCUCCCAGACUAGUCGCCGUCGCCGCAGUGAUCGUGAGCAAGACUACAGCAGCGAUGACAGUAUGGUUUACAUUCGAAAGGAAACCCGCGACUAUGAUGACCACCCUCACCACCGUCGUCAUAUGGCAGAGGGUGCACUGGUAGGUGCUGGCGCGGCUGAAUUGCUCCGCAGCCACAGCAAAAAGGAUGGCGAUGUCAGCCGUGGCGCCAGCCGUAUUGGUAAGACCGUUGGUGCCGGUGCUCUUGGUGCAGUCGCUGUGAAUGCUGCAUCGCAUGCUCGCGACUACUACCGCCGUAGUAAGAGCCGCCACCGUUCUCAUUCCUUUGACGAUGACCGUUCUUCCCAUCGCCACAGCAGACAUGGCCGGAGUCGUUACAGCCGCAGCCGCACCCGGUCCCACUCGCGCUCUCGUACAAAGACUCUGCUCGAGCUGGGAGCUGGUGCCGUUGCCGUGGGGGCUGUAGCUGCGGCUGCAGCUGCAUUGCACAACAAGUCGAAAGCCGGAGACCGCAAAAGCCGAUCCCGCACUCGCUCCCAUUCUAGGGCUCCUAGCCGGGGUCGUUCGGAGAAGGAUAGAGAACAGGGUGAACGCAGCAUGUCUGAGCGCCGCAAGCACAUGGCUGGCGCUGGAUUGGCUGGUGCGGCGGUGGCAGGCCUGGUUGAAAAGGUCCGCAGCCACUCGCGGUCUCGAAAGGGUGAGCGCUCCCGCUCCCGCAGUCGUAUGAGACAAGCCCUUCCCAUUGUCGGUGCUGGUCUUGCCACCGCUGCUGCCACGGGUCUAUACGAGAAGAAGAAGAGUGACAAAGAUGAAAAGGAGGGUUCGAGCCGGGGCCGCCAUCGCUCAAGGUCUCGCAGCCGCGCCCCGUCACAGUCCUAUCCUGAUCCAGCUCGCGACUCAGCCGGCCUGAUCGAGUACGGCAACGACCCAGUCGCAGGUAGCAUCCCAUCCGAACACUACUACGGUCAGCGCGGCGCGCCCUACGAUACACAAGAAGCAUACGGUCCCAGGCGCCAUACCCGCAGCCGCAGCCGUAGCCGAGCCCGCUACAGCAGCUCAUCCGGUUCCGACCGCGAGAGUCGCCGACGAAGCAAGAAGCACCGCAGCCGCUCAAGAGAUCUCGCGGGCGCCGCUCUAGGCGCAACAGGGCUCGGCUAUGCCGCACACAAGUACAACGAACGUCGUAAGUCCAAAGAGCGCGAGCGCGAGUACUCCAAGCAUGAUAACGUCCACCGUGAUCCUUAUGAAGAAUCCUACGACCCAGAACCAUACCCGAUUUCCCCACAGGCUCCGGGGGCCCCGCCCAUGGCAGACCCCCACUACCCCAACAACAAUUAUUUCCCCCCGCCCCCGGGCGACUCAACGUAUAACCUGAACGGCGGUACUCCUGUUUCCUACAACCCGGCAGACUACCCUCCUCCACCCGGUGCUGCCCCGCCUCAGCCUUACGCCUACGGCGCUGUGCCACCAGGACCGGGACCGGGACCGGGACCGGGACCGGGACCAGACCAAUAUGCACCUCGGCCACGUAGGGCUGAAGACAAUGUGAGCAGCUCCACCCUACCUACUGAUGCAUACCACGCGCACAAGGGUCUAAACAUCCACCCAUUCCCAUCUCCACGGUCAACUAGCCAACCGCCACAAGUCUCAAAAUCCGUCGCUUUCGACUUGACGGAUUCCCCGCAGGAUCCUGGCUACGAGACCGAUGAUAGUGACUCUACCGUUGAACGAUAUUCACCUUCGUAUCGCGGAGAUAGAAACCAUAGUCGCGAUCGAGAUUGCCAUCAUGAUCGUCGUCGCCGCUCUUCAUCCGUUCCCUAUCCACCUAUGCCUUAUCCUAGUCCUGCUUCCAAUCAUCGAAAUCACCCGUCAGCCCCAAAACCUCACGAGCGAAGAGACCAGGACAAACCCUCUGAAGUAGAAUCUGACUCAACCGUCGACCUACCCAGUCGCUUUGACGAGCAAGGCCGUCUUCUUCUCGAGCGGGAUCCUGCUGUGGAUAAAUUCGAGAGCCUGGUGAAUAAGUUUACCAAGGUUUUGUUCUAG